CUCUGAGGACGAGAGAGAGAGGAGCUAUAGGUCCUCCUCUCCCUCUUACCUCUCCCUCUCGCCGCCUCUCUCCCUCCCCCCCUACACACACAUACACACACACACGCACAUAUACACACACGCACAUACACUCACGCACGCACAUACCAAUACACGGACACAGACACACACGCACACACAAGCAAGCACAGUGAUAAAUAUAUAUAGAACACACACACACACACACACACACCUGCACGCAAAUCCCUCCCAAGAAAACCCUGACUGACUGACACACACACACACACACACACACACACACACACACCUGGCACAAUAAGAAUAUCUUGUUACUGGAGGAGGAUAAUUUGCCCUGAGGCCUGGCGGGGGGAGGCGAGAAGGUCGGUGCGGCAGCGGUGGCAGCGGCUUCGGGGCGAGAGGAGGAGGAGGAGGAAGAGGAGGGACGCCAUGAACACGCCGCCCACCAAACAGAAUCGCCUCCCAACAUGAUAUGGUAUGCCCGGCUGCUGUGUCACCACCCUUACGCCGUCCUGACCAGCGUGGUGGUGGUGGUAGCGACUUGCCUGGUGCUCUCCCUCACCGCGCGGCCCCUCCCCUCCUUCGCUGACCCCUCUUUGGGGUUCGUGGCGCGGGGGACCACGGUGAGUCGGCGCGCCGUGGCCUGGGAGAACCUGCUUGAGGCGUCCCGGUACCGCGGCGUGCUCAGCGUCAACCCCUCCGCCGACCCACGUGUGCGCCCGCGACCCCGACCCCGGCAGCCCCAGGACGACGAUAAGCCCCCACCGGUCCACAAGCACAAUGUGUGCGUUGAGGUGACCGACAAUGGUACGACAGUGGUGCCAGACUGCCCCGAGGGAAACCGGGGAAAUUCUAGCCAGAACGCAAGCAUAUCAGAUGAGGUCAAGGAGACGCCGCUCUCGGCCCUCACCAUCAUGGUCAACAAGGUGGAUGAGGGCCGUGGAGAGUACCAGCUGCAGGAUGAGUGGCAGGACAACCACCACACCAACCACCUCCACCUGGGCGAGGACGGCUUCUUCUGCAACCCCGUCGUGCCAGAGUACGGGCGCGUCAUCCUGAAGAGCACAGUGCCGCGGGAAACCCUGCUCACCCUGCAGCACCUCAAGGCCAUCUGCCAGCUGGAUGAUCGCAUGCGUGCCCUGCCAGAGUUCCACCCCAUCUGCGAGACCUGGAGCCCCGGCCGCUGCUGCCCCUCCUGGUCUCUCCCCAACUAUGUGGCGCUCAUCAACAACCGCACCUCCUGCCACAACAUCACACAGGAGGACGUGGUGAAGGUGCACCGUCUGCUCCGCCGCUGCUCCCGCCACCUGGACCUGCAGCUGGAGGGCGGCUGUCAGGGGCCCAGGAAGUGCAACAGUGUGCCCAAGGAGUGCCUCGAGCAUGAUGCCGUCUACACCAUCCUGCACUACCUGAUUGAUGCGGCAUUUCUAAACCCUGAG